AUGAAAGGCUUACUCUAUUACGGUACAAACGAUAUUCGGUACUCCGAAACGGUCCCUGAACCGGAGAUUAAGAGUCCCAAAGAUGUCAAGAUCAAAAUCAGCUACUGUGGAAUCUGCGGCACGGACUUGAAAGAGUUCACAUAUCCUGAAGGACCUGUCUUAUUUCCUAAAAAAGGCACAAAGGACCGGAUUUCGGGAUAUGAGCUUCCAUUGUGUCCUGGACAUGAAUUUAGCGGAACGGUGGUUGAAGUUGGCUCUGGCGUCACAAGCGUGAAACCUGGUGACAGAGUCGCAGUCGAAGCUACAGCGCAUUGCUCUGACAAAGCGCGCUACAAGGACACAGUUGCCCAGGAUUCCGAGCUUUGUAUAGCCUGCAAGAGCGGGUCUCCGAAUUGCUGUGCGUCGUUGAGUUUCUGCGGUUUGGGUGGUGCCAGCGGCGGUUUUGCCGAAUACGUCGUCUACGGUGAGGACCACAUGGUCAAGCUGCCAGACUCGAUUCCCGACGAUAUUGGAGCACUGAUCGAGCCAAUUGCUGUCUCCUGGCAUGCUGUCGAACGCGCUAGAUUCCAGCCUGGUCAGACGGCCCUAGUUCUUGGAGGAGGUCCUAUUGGUCUUGCCACCAUUCUCGCUCUGCAUGGCCACCAAGCCGGAAAAAUUGUUUGUUCCGAGCCGGCCUUGAUUAGAAGACAGUUCGCACAAGAACUGGGCGCCGAAGUGUUUGAUCCUUCCAAGUGUGACGACGCGAACGCCGCUCUCAAGGCUUUGGUGCCAGAAAACGAAGGAUUCCACGCAGCCUUCGACUGCUCCGGAAUUCCUCAAACGUUCACCACCUCGAUCGUUGUCACAGGCCCUUCUGGAAUUGCCGUCAACGUGGCCAUCUGGGGAGACCACCCAAUUGGAUUCAUGCCAAUGUCUCUGACUUACCAGGAAAAAUACGCUACCGGCUCUAUGUGCUACACCGUCAAGGAUUUCCAGCAAGUUGUCGAGGCCUUGGAAAACGGUCUUAUACCUAUGGACAAAGCACGCAAGAUGAUCACAGGCAAAGUCAACCUGAGGGAUGGAGUCGAGAAGGGCUUCAAACGGCUGAUCGAACAUAGGGAGACAAACGUCAAGAUCCUGGUCACUCCGAACGAGGUGUCCUGA